AAAAUCAAUUUAAAAAAGUUAUUGAAUUAUUUUCCACGGUAAAAUGAGUGAAAGAGUAGUGUUGGCUUAUUCGGGCGGUUUGGAUACAAGUUGUAUCUUAAAAUGGCUGAUAAAUAAAGGAUUUGAGGUGAUCUGUUAUAUGGGUAAUAUCGGGCAAGAAGAAGACUUCGAACAGGCAAGAAAAAAGGCUCUUAAUAUCGGUGCUUCGAAGGUUGUAAUAGACGACAUUCAAGAAGACUUUGUAGCGAAUUACGUCUGGCCUGCAAUCAGUUAUGGCUUGAUCUACGAGAACAGAUACUUAUUAGGAACAUCUUUAGCAAGGCCCUGUAUAUCAGUUGGAUUGAUAAACUGCGUCAAGAACAAUAACGCAUCUUAUGUUGCUCACGGUGCUACAGGCAAAGGUAACGAUCAAGUUCGCUUCGAACUAUCUUGCUACACGUUAUUACCAGACGUGAAGAUAAUAGCGCCUUGGAGGGACGAAGAAUUUAUCGCAAAAUUUGAGGGGCGUCAGGACCUGUUAAAGUACGCCAAAGAAAACAAUAUUCCGGUUUCUGUAAGUCCCAAAGCUCCCUGGAGCAUGGACGCGAACUUAAUGCAUAUUAGUUAUGAGUCUGGAAUCCUGGAGAAGCCUGAUAAUGAGCCCCCAGAAGAUUUAUUCCUAAUGACCCAAUCGCCUCAAUUUGCUCCAAGUCAGGCAACCAGGAUAGAAAUAUUAUUUGAAAAGGGAAAACCUAGCUUAAUAAAAUUAAACGAUGGCCGUAGCUUUACUUUACCUGUAGAUAUUUUAACAGUAUUAAACGAUAUUGGAGGCAAAAAUGGCGUGGGCCGAAUUGAUAUCGUAGAAAACAGAUUUCUGGGUUUAAAAUCCAGGGGUGUUUAUGAGACUCCGGGAGCCACAAUUCUGCACGUAGCUCAUACAGAUUUAGAGACUUUUUGCUUAGACAAAGAAGUUUACAGAAUAAAACAAAGUCUCAGAGACAGGCUUUCUGAUUAUGUUUAUAAUGGAUUUUGGUUCUCCCCUGAAGGCAUAUAUACCAGGAGAUGUCUGGAUUUUGCAGCAGAACAAGUUGAAGGCACCGUUAAACUGGAAAUUUUCAAAGGUUCAGUGACAGUGUUGGGUAGAUCAUCAAAUACAUCAACUUACAAUGAAGAUUUAGUAUCCAUGGACCGUCAUUCCACAUUCAGUCCGCAAGAUGCCACAGGCUUUAUAAACAUUCAAGCAUUGAGACUUAAAGAAUACCACAAAUCAGCGUUAAAAUAUAUUUAAUAAAAUAGUUACAAUUGAUUAUGUAUUUGUAUAAUUAUUAUCUUCUAAAAAAGGAACAAUCUAUAUAUAUUUUUAUUUAAUAGGAUUUAAUGUACCAACUCAGCAUUUAAACACUUAUUUGAUAAAAUAUAGUUGCAAUUGAUUGGUUUUUGUACGAUUAAAUAAAAUUACAAGCAAGUCACAAA